AUGGAAGAGAUUUCGACCGCUAAGGAUGACAAAAUCGAAGAAGAACAUGGCGGUGAACAUGGCCUUGUCGCCGACCUCGACGAAGCUGGUACUAGUGGCAGCCAAUUCGAAGAUCCCUCGGCGUGUUUUUCCGAUGAAUAUCAGCUGUAUCUCACUAUAGACAUAACAGAAAUCGAGGGAGAAGAAAUAGAGGACGAAUUCAAUGAUGCGCUGAUUGAAAUCGAAGGUAUGAAGUCGUUUCCAUGUUCGCAGUGCGAGAAAGUUUGCAAGUCAAAGGGAGACCUUACCAGACAUACUAACGCGAAACACAACACGCUUGCAUCCGCUCAGAAUUCCCUCCUUGAAUCUUUUUGUCAGAAAACAGUCGCUCAUAUGGUUGAGACAAUAAAGAGCACAAUUAUCAAAGAGAAAUUAUAUGGGACAGAAAUAAACGAGCUUGUAAAGAAUUUGUCUUGCACCGUUGCACGAAAGCUUUGUACGAUGCUGUAUAUCCAAUUUUUGAAAAAUUUUGGCGAAAGAGUAGCCAAGACCAAGUGUUCGAGUCAUUCUUUGGUUUAA